GACUUCAAUUAUAUCUAAAUUUGCAAGCAGAAUUCAAGAGCAGCAGCUUUGAGCAUGUCAAGGCUCCGAUGCCCUCUCCGAGGCUUUGAUUUGAAGGCAUUGUCGCUUCUCUUUGUGGGUGUUCCGAUUCUCAUCUUCAUCAUCUAUUUACAUGGCCAGAAGAUCUCUUACUUUCUGAGGCCCCUUUGGGAAUCUGCCCCCAAACCCUUCAAUACCAUUCCACACUUCCACCAUGACAAUGUCUCUAUGGAGAACCUUUGCAAGUUCCAUGGAUGGGGAGUUCGGGAAAUGCCAAGGCGUGUCUUCGAUGCGGUGCUGUUCAACAAUGAACUCGAUAUCCUCGAAAUCCGAUGGCAUGAGUUGAGUCCGUAUGUUUCAGAGUUCGUUCUCCUCGAAUCCAAUUCCACAUUCACCGGCUUGAAGAAGCCCUUCUUUUUUGCAGAGAACCGGCACCGCUUCGAGUUUGCCGAGUCCAGGCUGACAUAUGGGACGGUUGGAGGGAGAUUUGUGAAGGGAGAGAACCCUUUCGUUGAGGAGUCUUACCAGCGUGUGGCAUUGGAUCAGCUUAUCAGGAUAGCGGGCAUCACCGACGACGACCUAUUGAUCAUGUCUGAUGUUGAUGAGAUCCCAAGCGGCCACACGAUCAACCUUGUCAGGUGGUGUGAUGACAUUCCUGAGAAACUCCAUCUCCAGCUUCGGAACUAUCUGUACUCAUUCGAGUUCUUCCUCGAUGACAAGAGCUGGAGAGCUUCGGUUCACAGGUAUCGAGCUGGGAAGACGAGAUACGCUCAUUUCCGCCAGUCUGAUGAGCUCUUGGCCGAUUCAGGGUGGCACUGCAGCUUUUGUUUCCGCCACAUCAGCGAGUUUAUAUUCAAAAUGAAAGCAUACAGCCAUGUGGAUCGUGUCAGAUUCUCUUAUUAUCUAAAUCCAUCAAGGAUUCAGGAUGUGAUAUGCCGAGGAGCAGACCUAUUCGAUCUGCUUCCGGAGGAGUACACGUUCCAGAGAAUCAUCGCCAAGUUGGGACCCAUACCAAGGUCACAUUCUGCUGUCCAUCUUCCAGGACACCUACUUCAGAAUGUUGACCAGUAUAGAUAUCUCCUGCCAGGGAACUGUAAGCGUGAGAGCGGCUAAUUAAGUUUUGUUAGCGGCACAUCAUAUAAAGAUUGCUUGCAAAUGCUACACUUCAAAAUUUGAUCUGCGGCUUUAUAUCGGGGAUGAGUAUCCAACUUGGUUGGAUAAUUCUGCUGUGCAAAAGGGCAAGAAUGGGUGAGCGCUGUGUUAAUAUGUCUGAAGGUUUAAUUGUAUCAACAUAUGCUUCCCUGGGGGCUAUUUA